AUUUUUUUUUUGCUAUUGCAUGGGCUGUGGAAUAGGUUGGUAUUAAGCUGGGCUUUCCUGGAUAGGAUCGUCCCACUUUCGUACAGAGAGAGAGAGAGAACAGUCUUCGGAACAAUUUAGAAACACCAGGAUUCCCCUCCAGUCCAGCGACCCAAAGGCAGUCCAACAACCCAGCGCAGUUCCCACCGCGGCAGGAUUCCCCUCUCAGCACAGAUACAUUCAUGAUCCUGUGAGUGCAUCGAGCGAAGAUGAAGAGCAGGCUUAGCCUAGCGAUUGCUGCUGUCCUCGCAGCUCUAUUUGCCGCCUCGGUAGAAGCUCAAGUGGAGCCUCCUUCACAACUCAGGUUUAAAAUUUUAUCUGAAAGUAAAGUUCAAAUGGCAUGGAGGCGUUCGCCAAACAGAAUUGGAGGCUACAAAUUGACAUUAACAUCUGCAACUGGAGGCCCUGCAAAAGAAAGUGUGUUGCCCCGAGGUGCAAGUAAAACCACAUUUACAGACCUCGUCCCAGACGUAGAAUACAGUGUUAUGUUGGUUGCCUUUGACAGUUCCACUGAGAGUGUCCCAGUCUCUGGAAAGUUCACAAUCCAGUCAGGUCGCACACCAACAAAACUGCCAGAGAAAAAAGAAGAGCUUACACAAAAAUGUUCAGCCAUGGCUGUGGCCGACCUGGUAUUUCUGGUUGAUGGAUCGUGGAGCGUGGGAAGAGCAAAUUUCAGAAAGAUCAGGGAAUUCAUCUACUCCCUUGUAUCUGCAUUUGAGAUCGGAGAUGACAAAACGAAAGUGGGAAUUGUCCAGUACAGUUCAGACACAAGAACAGAAUUCGACCUGAACCAAUACAGCCGGAAGGAGGACCUGCUCAGUGCAAUUACAAAUCUCCCCUACAAAGGGGGAAAUACUAUGACUGGUGAAGCCAUGGAUUAUCUGGUAAAGAACACAUUCAAUGAAGGUGCUGGAGCAAGGAAAUCCUAUCCUAAGAUAGCAGUAAUCAUCACUGAUGGGAAAUCACAGGACCCAGUGACAGAAAGUGCUGAAGCCCUUCGUAGCAGUGGUGUUGAAGUAUUUGUUUUGGGUAUAAAGGGAGCAGAGUUGGAUGAAUUGCAGUUAAUUGGCUCCGCUCCUUUCAAGAAGCAUGUGUUCAAAGUGGCAGAUUUUGACCAGAUUGAAAAUGUGCAGAGUGAGAUAAUUAGCCUGGUAUGCUCUGGUGUUGAGGAACAACUUGGUGAAAUUGUGAGUGGUGAAGAAGUAGUUGAACCUCCUUCCAACAUGCAGGUCUUGGAGACUGCAUCCAAUUACAUGAGGAUCAUUUGGGAUUCAUCACCUGGACGGAUCACCGGCUACAGAAUUCAUCUGAUUCCCAUGGCAGCGGGCAACAAAGAGCAAAUCCUCAAUGUUGAUGCCAACACCAGGACUGUGAUUGCCAAAGACCUCAAUCCAGACACUGAGUACCAGAUUAACUUGUACGCCAUGAGAGAGCUGGCAUCCAGUGAUCCAAUAACACUCAUGGACAAGACACAUCCUUAUGAGGUUACAGUUGAAUGUACCCUGGCUGACAACACGCAAGCUGAUGUUGUCCUAUUGGUCGAUGGCUCCUACAGCAUUGGUUUGAGCAACUUUGCCAAGGUGAGAGAUUUCCUCGAAACCUUAGUCAAGACAUUCAACGUUGGUCGUGACCGUAUCCAGAUUGGUCUGGUUCAGUACAGCCGGAAUUCAUUCACAGAGUUCACUCUCAAUAAACACUCAACACUCCAGGAUGUGGUCCGGGCUAUCCGCACUUUCCCCUACAGGGGUGGCUCCACCAACACGGGCAAGGCCAUGACCUAUGUGAGAGAGAAGGUCUUCGUCCAGAGUAAGGGAGCAAGGAGCAAUGUGCCACGUGUGAUGGUGUUGAUCACGGAUGGCAAGUCUUCUGACACCUUCCAACUACCCGCCAUGAAGCUGCGAGAUGCUGGUGUGGAGAUCUUUGCUGUGGGAGUCAAGGAUGCAGUGUUCAGCGAACUUGUGGCCAUCGCCUCUCCGCCUGAUAACACCCACGUGUACCAAGUGGACGACUUUGAUUCUUUCCAGCGGGUAUCAACAAAGCUCACACAGACACUGUGUCUCAGGAUCGAGGAGGAAACUAAAGCCAUCAGAGCGCGGAGUCUAACUCCAGCUUCGGACCUGAGGACAUCUGAAGUGACUUCCCGUAGUUUCCGAGUGAGCUGGGCAGCAGCUAGCCCAGAUGUGCUGUCGUAUCUACUGAGUUAUAACGUGGAAGCGGGUGGUUAUCCAGUGUCCAUUCGGAUUCCCGCAGACCAAACAACCAGAGUCCUGACCGACCUACUGCCAGAGACCACCUACCUAGUCGAUGUGGUCGCAGAGUACGCGGAAGGUCCAAGUUCACCAGUGGAUGGAAAAGACACCACCCUUGAAGAAAUUGGAUCACCAAGCAACUUGGAGGUUUUUGACGAAACUAUAGAUAGUUUCACGGUCCGCUGGUUACCGGCUCCUGGUAACGUCCUUCAAUAUAGAUUGGAGUACACUCCUGUACUUGGUGGGGAGACAAGAGAAACAAUGGUUGAUGGGAGAACGACACAAACGAUCCUUCAGUAUCUACUGCCAGACACCAAGUAUUCAGUGAAAAUUCUGGCUCAAUAUCAGACGCUGGUUGGUGAACCAUUGAUUGGAGAAGGCACCACAAAAGAAGAACGUGGUUCUCCUCGCGAUCUCGUGACAGCCAAUGUCACGCCGACUUCAAUCGAUGCUUCAUGGACACCAGCUCCAGGGAAUGUACAGAGUUACCGCAUCACCUGGAAGUCACAUUUCGGCGACGAUAAAGGAGAAAAGUUGGUCUCUGCAUCCACUCCCUACACAACAUUGGAUAAUCUGCUGCCAGAAACCAGAUAUCAGAUCCUUGUCUAUGCUGGUUACCGCAGUGGUGAAGGAGAUUCACUUGAAGAAGAGGAGAUCACUGAUGCUACUCCAGAGGCCAAGAGAUUGCGCACAACAGAUGAAACAAUUAACAAUUUUCGAGUGAGCUGGACUCCAGCCCCCGGCAAGGUGAUGCACUAUCGACUCACUUACAGACCUGCACUUGGAGGAAGAGCCCUAAUCACCAAGGUCCCCCCUCAUCUGACCAGCACUGUCCUACGACGGCUCAAUCCCCAGACAACGUACAAUGUCUCUGUUGUUCCGAUGUACAGGAAAGGAGAAGGAAAAUUAAGAUUGGGGCAAGGAACAACAGCCUCACGAUACAUACCUCCCCAAAACUUACAGACGUCUGAUGCCGCAAGAACAAGCUUCAGAGUGACAUGGGAGCCUUCUCCAGGGGAGGUAAAAGGAUAUAAAGUCAUCUACCAUCCAAGGGGAAGAGAAGAACAAUUGGGAGAAUUGGUAGUUGGACCGUAUGACACAACUGUGGUCCUCGAGGAGUUGAGGGCUGGCACCACCUACAACGUAGCAGUUUCUGGAAUGUUUGAUGGUGGUGAAAGUUUGCCAUUAUUGGGGGAGGAACAAACAACACUCUCUGAUGAGGGUUUAAUUGUGCCUUUCGAUGCAUCAGGGCUGCAGUGUACCACAACAGCGGCUGCAGAUAUCGUGCUGCUUGUGGAUGGCUCGUGGAGUAUCGGGCGAUUAAACUUCCGUCAGAUCAGGAGCUUCAUCUCCAAGUUGGUCCAAGUGUUCGAGAUUGGUCCAAGAAGAGUACAGUUCGGACUGGCACAGUACAGUGGAGAUCCAAGGACUGAGUGGACACUUAAUCAAUACAAGGACAAGAAGAGCUUAUUGGACGCUGUGUCCAAUUUACCUUACAAAGGUGGCAACACCCUAACAGGCAUGGCUCUCAACUUCAUAUUGCAAAACAACUUCAAGACUGAUGCAGGUGCUCGACCAAAUGCACGCAAGAUUGGCGUUCUCAUUACUGAUGGCAAAUCUCAAGACGACGUUAUCCGUCCUUCUGAUACUCUGCGCAACAUUGGAGUGGAACUUUACGCUGUUGGUAUUAAGAAUGCUGAUGAAGCUGAAUUGAAACAGGUUGCAUCAGAUCCAGACAAUAUCCACAUGUACAACGUGGCUGAUUUUGCAUUGCUGGUCGAUAUUGUUGAGGACCUCAGCAUAAACCUCUGCAACAGUGUGAAAGGACCAAGUAGCGUGGAUCCCCCCAGAAACCUGGUGACUUCUGAGGCAACCCAUGAUUCCUUCCGUGUAACAUGGGAUCACUCCGACUCAAGUGUGGAUAGAUACAGAGUGGAAUACUACCCAGUGAGUGGAGGCAAAACUGAAGAGGUUCUAGUUAGUGGAAGAACCAAGACUACGGUGUUAAUGAAUCUGCAACCUGACACGGAAUACGUGGUUAAAGUGUACGGAUUGUUGGAAGGUGAAGUCAGUGAACCACUUGAGGGAGCUGAGAUGACAUUGUCCAUCCCUUCUGUGAGGGAAAUUAAUGCCUAUGACAUUACUCCAACCACGAUGAAGGUCAGAUGGAAUCCCGUGGGCGGAGCCACUGGGUAUACUCUACUUUAUGCACCAAUUGACGCUGCCCCGUCUGCUGAAAAGAAAAAGAUUAAUAUUGUCCCUGGCGUCCAUGAGGUACAAUUGACUGACUUAUUUCCAAACACUGAAUAUACUUUGACAAUUCAUGCAAUGCAUGGUGACAUUCCCAGUGAUCCACUGAGUACACAAGAAGUUACCUUGCCUCUGGGUGAACCCAGGAAUAUUCGGUUUUCUGAUGUCAGCCACAGCACCAUAAGAACUCAUUGGGAUCCUGCACCAGGCAAUGUUCUUAAUUACUUAGUACGAUAUGGUGAAGUGGGAGAUGACGCCACAAAGGAGGUGGUGGUUCCUGGCAGCGAUACCUCUGUGCCACUCAAAGGUCUUGUUUCCCAAACGGAAUAUGACGUGUCGGUGUUUGCAAAUUACGGUGGAGGGAUCUCACCUCCCCUGAAUGGAAGAGAAAGCACUUUGGUUGUCCCAGCACCAGCAAACCUCCACUUCUCGGAUGUACAAGAAACACGUUUCCGGGUUCACUGGAAUCAUGGCGCACCAGACGUGGCCCUCUACAGAUUGUCCUGGGCUCCCUCAGGAGGAGGCAGCAAAGAUGAGACAAUUAUAAACGGCCACGAGACCAGCUAUUUAUUAGAAGGCCUGAAUCCUGACACUGUCUAUGAUGUAUCUCUUACGGCUAUUUAUCCAGAUGAAAUGGAAAGUGAAGAUCUCCUUGGUUCCCAGCGUACAUUGGUCAAAACAAUUCAGAUCGAUCCAGUUCCUGCCCCACGUAACCUCCAAGUGUACAAUGCCACACCACACAGCCUGACUGUAAAGUGGGAUCCUGCCGUUGGUCGGGUCCGAGGAUACAGGAUUAUCUAUGCACCCUUGACUGGGGACCCCAUUGAUGAAACGGUCACAGUAGGUGCAAAACAAAACAGUAUUGUGUUGCAGAAGUUGGAACCAGAUACCCCCUAUUCAAUCAGAGUCAUGUCUUUCUCCAAAACCGGAGAUGGCGGACAGAUAACCGGCAAUGGCAGAACAAAACCACUCGCUUCAGUUCGAAAUCUUAGGGUGUACAACCCAUCAACCAGUACACUGAGUGUGAGCUGGGAUCCCGCUGAAGGUGUCGUGCGACGCUACAAGGUCCAUUAUGUUCCAUCUGCUGGACCUGGAAAUGAAGAAGUGGUCACAGUCUCGGGAAACACACACAGUACGGUCCUGAAGAGCUUGCAUCCCGAUACACCUUAUGAUGUUACAGUGGUUCCUGUGUUUAGAGAAGGUGAUGGAGCUCCGAAGUCCAGCACUGGAAAAACAUUAAUUCGUGGAGCACCAGGGAAUGUUAAAGUCUUCAACCCAUCACCAAACACCCUGAAUGUCCAUUGGACCAGUGCUCCCGGUCCUGUGCAGCAGUACAGGGUGGUCUACGCACCUCUGACUGGGACCCAACCCUCGCAAUCUAUGGUGGUGCCAGGAAACACCAACAAUGUCCUUUUGGAUCGCCUGCAGCCAGACACACCAUAUUCUGUCAAUGUGGUGGCCUUGUAUGCGGAUGGGGAAGGUGGUCAGCUCGCCGAUAGAGGCAGGACAUUAACUCGUAGUGGGCCAAGAAACAUGAGGGUGUAUGAUGAAACCACCAACAGCUUGGCUGUGAGCUGGGACCAUGCAGAGGGACCAGUACAGCAGUACAGGAUAAUAUAUGCUCCAACUGUUGGAGACCCAAUUGAGGAAUUUACCUUUGUUCCUGCAAGAAGAAACAAUGUGAUUCUGCAACCACUCACGCAUGAUACCCCCUACAGAAUUAAUGUUGUGGCCAUGUAUGAGGAUGGAGAUGGAGGGCAGUUGACUGGAGAUGGGAGGACAGUGGGCUUGCUGGAACCUCGCAAUCUUCGAGUUUCUGAUGAGUGGUACACACGAUUCCAUGUAACUUGGGACCCUGCUCCAUCACCAGUCCUUGGAUACAAACUUGUUUACAAGCCCACAGGCACCAAUGAGAGAAUGGAAGUAUUUGUGGGAGACGUGACAUCAUACACACCGCAAAACCUGAAGCCCGGUACACCAUAUGAUGUCCAGGUCUAUGCUACCUAUGCAUCAGGAAACAGUGAAGCUUUGACAGGCCAAGGCACUACCUUGUACCUGAAUGUGACAGGAAUAAACACAUAUGACAUAGACUGGGACACCUUCUGCAUCCAGUGGAACCCUCACAGAGAAGCAACCUCCUAUAGAAUAAAGCUGAACCCAGUUGAUGCUUAUUCUGGGGGACACCAAGAAAUUACCAUCAAUGGUGCUGAAUCCAGUUACUGCUUCCCUGGUCUUAACCCUGAUACCCUAUAUGAUGCUGUUGUCUACACUCAGCUUCCAAACCUGGAAGGACCUGGAAUUACCGUGCGGGAACGUACAGUGGUUCGCCCAACAACAGCUCCAACAGAGCCACCUUCUCCUCCCCCUCCACCAACAAUCCCACCUGCCCGGGAAGUGUGUUCGGGUGCAAAGGCAGACCUGGUGUUCUUAGUAGAUGGCUCAUGGAGUAUUGGGGAUGAAAACUUCCAAAAGAUCUUGCAGUUCUGUUUCGAUAUCAUUGGGGCUCUGGAUGAGAUCAGCCCAGGUGGAAUGCAGGUUUCAGUUGUUCAGUUUAGUGAUGAUGCAAAAGCAGAAUUUAAAUUGGACACUUACCAUGAUAAAGGAAUGGUUCUUGCUGCUCUUCAGCUAAUCAGCUACAAAGGAGGAAACACUAAAACAGGUCGGGCUCUCAAAUAUAUGAAUGACCAUGUCUUGGUUCAUUCAAAUGGUAUGAGGAGGGGUGUACCCAAGGUGCUCGUUGUUGUGACUGAUGGUCGUUCACAGGAUGAGAUUAAGAAGCCCGCACUUGUGCUCCAAGAAACUGGUUACAGUGUGUUCGUUGUGGGAGUGGCUGACAUUGAUAUCAAUGAGUUGAAAAACAUUGGCAGCAAACCCAGUGAAAGGCAUCUCUUCCUUGUAAAUGAUUUUGACGCAUUCGAGAAGAUUCAGGAUGAGCUCAUCACUUUCCUUUGUGAAACAGCUACUUCAACUUGCCCAUUGAUUUAUCUUCAUGGAUUCACUACACCAGGUUACAGAAUGCUGGAAUCAUUUAAUAUGACGACAAAGGAAGCUGCAAAUCUUGCAGGAGUUUCUAUGGUGCCAGGAUCUUUCAAUAGCUUUACAGCUUACAACAUUCAUAAGGAUGCAAACCUCCAGCAACCUACUGUAGAUGUUCAUCCAAGUGGCAUGCCAUUAAGCUACACCAUUAUGAUGCUUUUCCGCAUUCUUCCAACCACAACCUCUGAGCCUUUUGCCAUUUGGCAGAUCACAGACAAAGAUUUCAAGCCAGAAGUUGGAGUGCUUCUAGAUGGUAACAGUCAAACACUAUCAUAUUUUAACAAGGAUGAGAGAGGCGAGUCCCAGACUAUCACAUUUAACAAUGAAGACGUGAAGAAACUCUUCUAUGGCAACUUUCAUAAGGUUCAUAUUUUGGUAAAUCAAAACAGUGUUAAACUGAUCGUGGACUGUCAAGAAAUUGAAGAGAAGAUGGCAAACCCACCUGGCAAUAUAACAACAAAUGGAUAUGAAAGCCUUGGAAAACUGGUUAAAUCUCGAGGGCCAAAGGGCAAGUCUGCUGCAUUCGAGAUCCAAAGUUUUGAUAUCAUCUGCAGUCUGGGCUGGGCCAUAAGAGACAAAUGCUGCGACAUCCCUUCCAUGAGAGAUGAAGCAAAAUGCCCUGCCCUUCCGCAUGCUUGCACAUGUUCUCAAGACAGCAAAGGGCCUCCAGGACCUCCCGGACCUGCUGGUCAAAUUGGUGGCAAAGGUCCCAGAGGAGACAGAGGACUACAUGGAUCACCUGGUUCUUCAGGAAAUCGUGGUGAGCCAGGCGCCCCAGGUCCACAAGGUCUGCCAGGCCCUCAGGGUCCUAAUGGACUCUCAAUUCCAGGAGAACCGGGACGUUCCGGAAUGAAAGGUGAUGCAGGUGAACACGGAAUAGCAGGACGACCAGGAUUAAUUGGACGACAAGGCCCAUCGGGUUCGCCAGGAUCAGACGGCUCAAGGGGCUUCCCAGGUAAAGAUGGACCAAUUGGUCCACGUGGACCCCAAGGACCAAUCGGUCCUCCGGGUAACCCAGGUUCGCCUGGUCCCCUUGGGAAUCAAGGGAAACAAGGUUCCACAGGAAUGCAGGGACCAAUGGGACCGAAGGGUGAGAAGGGUGACCGAGGAGACUUUGCCUCUCAGAACAUGAUGAGAGCAAUUUCAAGACAAGUCUGUGAGCAGAUGAUGAACAACCAAAUGAGAAGAGUGAACUCAAUGAUAAACCAGAUUCCUAAUGGUUACCACAGUAACCGUGCUGUCCCAGGCCCACCUGGCUCACCUGGCCAACCAGGUAAUCGUGGACAAGUAGGAGAAACAGGACCACCAGGUCCAUCAGGAUUCCCUGGAACACCUGGUGAUCGAGGAACACCAGGUGAAAGAGGACCUUCAGGAGAAAAGGGUGAACGGGGUAAUCCAGGUAUUGGGAAGCAAGGACCAUCAGGUUUACCUGGACCUCCUGGCCCACCAGGAGAAUCAAGAACUGGUCCGGCAGGUGGUUCAGGUCCAAGGGGACCCGUAGGGCCACCUGGUCGUCAAGGACAUUAUGGAAUUAGAGGUCCAGCUGGCCCUCCUGGUUACUGCGACUCCUCAAUGUGUGCAGGCAUCCCUUACAAUGGAUAUCCAAGUUCCGGAUAAAUUUUACUAGCUACCUAUGAUGCUUACAAAAAACCGAAAAGUCCUGUUUCUGAAAUAUUUGUUCCCGAUCUUAAUAAGAAAUGAGCCUUUUUGGAAAAUUCACCAGGAGUUGAUUUAACGAACUCUGUUGACCAUCAGUUCUUCAUAAGGAAAGAAAAUCACACCUACUAAACUAAGAGAGUUUGCAAUUUCUAUAUAUGAAACAGACGUCAGAGAUGCCUGUCCUAGUAAGAUUGUUUCAUCGUGAAGCAAAAAAAAUCUCACACACGAACAAAGCUUAAAAUUACAACUAACCCCACGGAGGUUGUAUUAUUUUGCAAACCACAACAAACAAAAUCAUAGAUUUUUAGCUUGGAAUGUUCAAAUUAUUUUGUCGUAUUGUUUCUGUAAAUAACUAAUUGUGGCAUUUCAAUGGUUCAAUCUAAAUCACAACCCACACCAGAUGUAAUAUCUAUUAAAUCAGCUUCUAUAUUCAGGCCUGCUAUUUGCUAUUUGCUUUAGAAAGUAACCAUUCUUGCAUUAAAGUAUCCCCCUAAAAACUGAUACAACAAUACUGAAAUAAAUCAAAAGAAUCAUAGAAGCAUAGAGAGGUGUGAAAUUUGUCUUUGGUAAUCUACAAUGAGCAAUCGUUAAUUGGAUAUAUGUUCUACAGGCCAGAUAACGUCUUACAAAGUUUGAAACGAAAAUUAGAUUGAAAGUUAAAUGGGCUAUUGAUUCACUAAUGCCAUUUUUUGCUACCAAAAACAAAACAUAUUUCAUCAAAAUCUUUCUCUAAGACACGAUAGGCACGAAGAAAUGCAGGUUAAGCGGGAGUGAGGUCAAAAUAACUUACUUCAGACUUCAUGAAGGCAGAGCAUAUAUAUAUUUUAAAUGUUUUGGUUUAACUAGAAAAAUGGUUGUACAACAAUAAGAAACAAACAAUAUGGCUUUGCUGUUGUAAUAUUAUCAGCUGCAUAGGUGGUGAUAAUCUAGGAAUGAUACCACAAUUUCUAAGUCUGAAUUUGUUUGUCCCUGUUCUUCUUGUAAGGAGCCACACACAGCCAAACAUGAGUAAGAGUAUCGGUAAUUCCUCUGAUUCAUACUCCAAACAAACUAAAUUCCCCCAUGAUUUGUGAAUUAGAGCCUCAAAUAUAUGAGCAAUGCAUCCACCACUGUUCUUACUUAUUUCCCCUUUUUCUUCCAUGACUACCUUGUAUUUCUGUCUGCUAUUUUCCCUUAGUUGUCCUAUUUAAAACUGCAAUUGCCUUCAUAUUAUUAAAUUGUAUUUAGUGGGUAUUUGUUAACAGCCUUGGGCAGUUCAAAAUCAGAACAUCCAGUGUGAGUAUUAAUCAUGCUCAGACCUACAUAGAAUUUUUAACAAAAUAUUUGUCCUUUAUUGGGCAUCCCUUUAUGUAUGUUGCACCACAUGAUUUAAGCUGCCCUACAAUUCCAAAUGUGAUGAUGGUUAUGUUUCAUGUUCAAUUACUGUUUUGGUUUAUUUUUUUAAAUUAUUUUAUUCAGGAAAAAGGUGUUUAAACAAAUCUUACUGACGAGUUAAAAAGAAGCAAUUCUAUUGUUCCCCAUUGCUUUGUUAGAAAAUAGUAUAACUGUGCAAAAGACUAAUUUUCAGGUGAAUGUAAAUCAAAAUAUGCAUAUAAAUGUAUACAUAUAUAGAUAUUAUAUAUAAAUGAAUAUGUUGUAAGAUUUUGUGUCCAACAUGUGUACAUGUCUACACAUGAGGACUGGUAGGCUGACAAUUAUAGUGUUUGAUAUAUGAGACCCAUAUUUCCAACCAGGACAUUACGAGCAACAACCCUACCGUCCAGAAACCCGUGUUGUUCCCAUAGAAAGGGAAGAGGAUGAAGAAAUCGACCAAAUUGAAUCUGAAAUUCAGUCGCCUGGAUUUAGUCAAGUGUAAUCAUGAGGAAUGUCCAUCAUUGUUCCAAUAAAUGGGGGAGGGCAUGAAGAUGCAUUGAAUCCAGUUGAAUUUCAGUCUGUGCCUUAUUGCCACAUUCAUUUCUGCAGAAGCUUCUAUAUUUUGGAUUAUUUAGUUUUGAAUGACCAGCUAGAAAAUAUUCAUGAUCUGAAUUGUAACUUUUCGGUUUUGGAUUUAUAUCUUGCAUAAAUUCAUUUGACAAUAAGUGAACAAUUCUCCCAAAUUGACUUGAGUGAAAGUAGAUACAUUUUUGUUACUGCAACAUUGUUACAUGCAAAAUCUGGAAGAGUUCCUAAUAUCCACACAAUUUCCCCUGCACAAUGUGCAUUAAAGCUUUCUGUAGAAACGAUUUGGUUAAAAACAAUGGCAAGCUUUCUUUCAAUGUUGUAACCACAGCAAUCAGGUUAGCCUUUUCUUUCCUCAUUGUCAACAUUUGAAAAAUGGCAUUUCUGUACAGCAAAUAUCCUCUUUGUACUCACGCCUGUUACUUUCUUCCUAUUUGUGUUUAUGCUUCUACUUUGUAACAUGCCUUUGCUGUUAUUCAGAUGCAUUGAUUGGUUUUAACUGCAUCCCCAUUAAUUUUAAUUACAUCACAGAAUUACAUGACAAAACACUAAAAAAAGGUUUACAAUAUUUUUGAAAUAUCUUUGUUCACAUCAGUCUACACCACAGUCUCUCUAUCCAAUUUCAAAUGUCCCCAUUAUGCCUGCAUUCACAAUGGUUACUCUGAGUCUUUACCCAAUGUUAGCACUCCAGAUUAUGUUCAAACAAUAGCGACAAUUAAUCAAAGACCUGCUUGUCAAUACAUUCCAAUUAUUAUAUAGUCUGCCUGUAUUUUAAGUUAUAAGCUUAUAGGAAUAUUUUACUUUAUCUUACAAGUGUAUCAGCUGGUUACAUCAAAAGAUUAAGUGCAACACACUCUUAAAAAGAAUACUGCUUAGAUUCAAUGUACCUACCAGACACAGUACUUAACACUGCUUAGAACUAUUUUUUACAUUAAGACUUUAAUACUUUAAAUGUAAAUGUGCUAGUUCUCAGCAGAAUUGUUACAUAAAAUGAUGGAAAAGCAUGUCUGUGAUGUAUAUUUAGUAUGGAACUUUUACCAGAAUAUAGUGUUUUCGGAAACAUGAAUGCAGUUGGAAUCUUUGCAAGCCUAUGGAUAUAGAAUUGCUGCUUCAUAUUUGUAACUGCCCAUUGUGAAUUUCACAGCCUAAAUUUCCUAUUUAUUUCUGAAACAAAAGAGGCAUUUUUCAAUAAAACUACUGAAAUUAAA